GCAGACUCUAUACUGCUAAAGUAACAAAAGAUUUGUUCAACAGUUAAUUUAUAGCCACUAUUUUUCUUGAACACUUUGCUCAGAAUACAUAAGCCAUGGGAAAUGUCACAUGUCUUAUAAUACUUGCAGGACUGUGUUCUCUCUGUCUUUGUGUGCAUCAGCAUCAAUAUGUCUUAUUCCACAGUCCAAAAACCUGGACCGAUGCACAGAGUUACUGCAGGGAAACAUGCAUUGACCUGGCCACAAUCGAAGACAUGAAGGAGAUGGAUAUGGCUCUUCAAAGUGUUGGAGAUGACUACAGUGAUGCCGUAUGGAUUGGGUUGCAUAGAGGAAAGGAGCUAACUUGGCAUUGGUCUCUGGCAGACAAAUAUUUCUACAAGGAUGGAGAAAAAAAUUAUAUAAAAUGGAGAAAGCCUUUAAGUGCUGAUAACUGUGCUACUUUCAGUAAUGGAGAACUUUCUACACUCUCCUGUCUUGAAAAUAGACAUUCAGUCUGCUUUGAUAGAACAAAGCAAGGAGCAGCUCAGUAUAUCUUCAAUCCAAAUUUAAUGAAAUGGACCGCCGCUCGAGAUUUCUGCAGAGAAAACUACACAGACCUGGUCAGCCUGAGGAAUGACGCAGAAUACGCGACAGUCCAGGAAGUAGCCAAUGGAACAGCAGUAUUUGUUGGUCUCUCCAGAGACCCGUACGAGUGGUCAGACCUGACUGACUCCUCACUAAGGUACUGGAGGGAAUCCCAACUGGUAAAUACAGAAUAUCAUCAAAACUGUGUUGCAAUGCUGAAGAAUGAAUCUGGCAAAUGGGGAGACAGGAAAUGCACAGAAGUUCAUCCUUUCCUCUGCAAAUGCAUACAAACUAAACUGCAGUUCAUAAAACUGAGGAUCAGCCUGCAGGACUCAAGUUUGGAUCUGAAUGACCCUGCAGUGCAAAACAGCAUCUUGGAACAAAUGAAGCAAAGGCUGGGUGGAAAUGUAAGUGGUGUCAACAAACUUAACUGGAAAAAACACUCAGAUGGAAAAGUUUUCAUCAAGGAAACAGAGGAACACAACCAAUGAGACAAAUACAGCAGGACUGCUAAGAUUCUGACUUGAAGAUGUAAAAGCCCACCAACCAGGAUGG